AUGGUAUUCAAGUCGUUCUGCCGCGACUACAUCACCCAGCACAUGCAUCGUGAGCACCCAAGACAGUGGUCCGCCUUCCAAGCUGUCACAGAGGACGAAGAGCGCAAAACCUUUUUUCUCCCUACGCUGAUCGAGAGCUUCCUCCCGAGGCACCCUCAGAUAUCGUUUGUUGUACCGCGCGAAAUUGCCAGUCUCAUCCAGCGUCUAUUCUGCAAUCGGGGUGACACACCGCACGGCUUGGUGGCCGUGGACGAGGAAAUGGGAGAGGUUGAAGUCUACACGGACUUUGUGGAGACCAAGUCGGAUGGGCAUGUGCUGAUUAUCCGUGAUCGAGACCAAUUUGAGACCAUUAUCAACUGCAUCAAUGCGGGAGUGAGCUUUCGCGCUAUUGCUGGUUUGUUUACCACGUUCGGGACUGCGCUGUCCAACAUGAAACUUGGAGCCCCCUGCAGACAAGUAGUGGGGCAAUCAGUUCGCCGUGUCGUUGCUCUCAACCUCUCUGCUAUCAGCUCACUGCUUACGAAGACGUGGGGGGUUUCGCUGAUGGUUGAUGGUGCGACACAUAACAAAGAAGGAUACUUGGACGUGCGUGAGUCGUUUGGUCUUGUGGGUAAAGUGCACAGCAUCCACCUCCUCGCUAUCCCCAUUGUCCCCAUUGGCCAUAGCGCACACAUAGGCGAGAACUAUGCUGAGCUCGUCAUUGAUCUACUCGAGGACAUUGGUGAAUCCAACUUGCUCACCCAACUGAUCGGUAUCUCGACGGACGGCGCUGCGACGAUGCUGGGCCGCCACCAGGGAUUCUCGACUCACCUUCGUGCUGCUGCUGGACACUUUGGAAACACGGCGAUCACGAUCAACUGGUGCGGGAGUCACCAGCUGAACCUUGCCGUGGACGCAUUUCUAAAAGCGCUCUACAGAACGGUGAACUUCAGGUUGAGGCUGGGAACGGAGAUCUCGUUUACGCGGCGAUACGAAAGUGUACGUGGUGGCUGA